GCCGGCAGCGGCGGCGGGCUCAGGCUCUCGGCGCGGCAUGGGGGAGGCCAGUGACAUGGACAGCGGGAUCGUGCUGCACUCGGGCCCUGACAGCCCAGUGUCCCCCCUGAAGGAGCGGGUGCUGGUGGGGCAGCGGCAGCAGCAGGCACUGGAGGCCCAGCUGGAUGGCUGCAUCCAGGAGCUGCGACAGCUGUGCCUGCGUGAGGCGGAGCUGACGGGGACCCUGCCCUGCGAGUACCCCCUGAAAGCUGGCGAGAAGCCCCCCAAGGUCCGUCGCAGGAUCGGGGCUGCCUUCAAGCUGGAUGAGAUCGCCGUUCUGCGUGGGGUGGACCCUCUGGAACGGGAGCGGGCGCUGCAGCUGCAGAUUGCUGAGGCCGCCCGCCGGCUCUGCUGCGAGGAGAACAUCAGCCGGCAGGUGCGGAAGAGGCGGCAGACGGCAGCACUCCGGGAGGAGCAGAAGCUGCGGGAUCUGGAGCAGGUUCUGAGCCAGCGGCGGCUCCUGGCAGGGCAGCGGGACAUCAGUACUGCCAAGGAGGACACACGGCCACCAGGACCUGCCACUCCACAGAAGUCCCCCUCUCCCAAGGACCCCACCAAGGAGGAGGAGGAGGAGUCAGGGCCUGUGGUACCCACCCCCAUUCCCUGGCAGGAGACCAGCCUGGACAGACCCUACGAGAGGACCAAAAAUUCCAGCAUCGACCCUGAGGAUGGGGAAACCCAGAACUCCCAAUGCUGUCUUGGGUCCCUGAUGGCUGCCCCUGCCAGUUCCUUGGCCCCCAGCAGCCCUGAUUCUGCAAGCCCCUCAGUGUCCAGGACAGGGGACCCUUCCUACCGGUUUGUCCCCAUCCGGACCGUGGUGCUGUGCCGGCAGGCAGGUUCCAGUGCUCCCAGCACCCCUGAGCCAUCAGGACGGCAGGGACAGACCCAAUCUCUGAGGGUGGACCCAUGCUGGCAGCCAGCUGAGCCCCGGGGCCGCAGCGCCACACCCCGCCGGCGCCCCACCUACUACACAGUCACCGUGCCCACCUCGUGCCUCCUGAGCCCCGGCCCUGCGUGCUGCUCUGGCUCCGAUGACAGCAUCUCCGACCUCUCCAGCAUCUCCCACGCCACCUCCCCGGGCAGCAGCAGCCCUGACGUGUCCUUUGCGGUUCCGCUGCCCCUUGCCGAGCCUGGUUACUACCCACGGGGUGCCCUCCAGCUCCUGCCACCUGCUGGUCCCCUGACUUUCCUGUACGAGCAGGAUCUGGCCCCGCUGCGGUACCAGCGCCUGGUGCCCUCCCGUAGCCGCAUCGUGCGCACGCCCUCGCUCAAAGACUACGCACCUGCUGGGGCCCGGGGGCUCUCCAAGGCCGCCGUCACCGAGGAGCUCAAGUCAUGGCACCAGCGUGCCCGGCUGAGGAGUGCCCGGCCCCACUCCCUCGACCGGCAAGGGGCUUUCCAGAGACCCCGUGGUGGGACCACCAGGGACGUGCCCAUUGCUCAUGGAAUCCUGUCACUGGUUCAGGGUCCCCCGGUGCAGGUGCUGCGGCGCUCGGCAGCCGGCGUGCCCGUGCAGGUCUACAUGCCCGAGAACGGCGAGAUUGUCACCCAAGUGUGAGUGCCAUGUCCUCACCCCGGGCGGGGGCACAUCCUGGCUGGUCCAGGGGCGGCAGGGACGUCUCGUGCCUCCCCAGCCUGGCAUGGGGCACGGGAGGGAGCCACAAGUGGGGUGGCAGGGGCUGGCCCCCACCCUGUGUUCCCUCACUGGCACUGCAAUGCUGAUAGGGACAAUGUGACCCCAGUGCUUAUGGUGACCUUGGUGUCACCGCGACCCUGAAUUUGAGGUUCUGGUCUCUAAUAAAAGUGGUUUUUGGGAUACGUCACUCUCAGGAUGUGUCACCUCCAUGUCCCCUCUGAGGUCCCCCAUCCCUGGGUCCCAUUGGCAUUGCAGGAUGGGACUCCGUGGAUUUGGGGUCUGGCUGUGCUCAGGGCAGUAAUGGGGUGAUCCC